GAAGAAGCAAACGCAUUAUUACAUGGACACACACAUCAUUGUCAACAACAAACAUCAUGCAAUAGCACAAACAGCAUACAGACGGUAAACAAAACCUAAAAGUAAAACACACUCACACAGAGACAAGCUUCAGAUCCUAGGAUCCUCAGCUUUGUUCCUUAACAACAUCAUUGUCAACAUCAACCGCCUCCACCAUUGCUAAAUCUCUGUCUCUGUCUUUCUCUUAUUUUUUUUAUUUGGAAAAAGAGAGAGAAUACUUUCUCUCUAACUAUCAAAGUCUGUUGAUUGAAAGCAAAGUUUCAAUCUUUCUCAGACACAAAGGCAGUGAGGGACAAAGUGUGAAUAGGAAGACAAAAAUAACAGUUACCCACAAAAGGGGUUUCUUAAAAUCCCAGCAAAACUCAUGCUUUCUCUGGUUCCUCAACAGACACUACUCUGUGUUGUGCAAUCAUUUAUCGGGGUCUCUUGAGCUUAUUUGAGGAAUGUUUUGUUCCUGGUGCAAUGUGGGUUCAAUUUUGUAGGUGAUUGAUUCUGUUGGAACUUCAGAGGGAAAAGAAUGAAAGAAAUGGCUUUGUUUAGAAAGUUCUUCUAUAGAAAACCACCUGAUGGGCUGUUGGAGAUCUCUGAAAGGGUUUACGUCUUUGAUUGCUGCUAUUGUAUGGAUACUUUUGAAGAAGAAGAACAUAAAGUGUACAUACGAGGCAUAGCGGGUAAGCUUUGUAACCAUUUGCCUGAUGCUUCAUUUAUGGUGUUUAAUUUCCAAGAAGGCGAAAAUCAAAGUCAGAUUGGUAGUGUAUUGUCUGAAUUUGACAUGACUGUGAUGGACUAUCCUUGGCACUAUGAAAGUUUCCCCUUGCUCUCAAUGGAGAUGAUUCAUCAUUCCUUGCGGUCUAGUGAAAGCUGGCUGUCACUUGGGCAACAAAAUGUGGUCUUGAUGCAUUGUGAACGAGGGGGGUGGCCAGUUCUGGCUUUCAUGCUAGCUGCAUUAUUGCUAUACGGGAAGCAGUUCACUGGCGAGCAGAGAACCAUAGACAUGAUUUACAAGCAAGGGCCUCGGGAGCUUUUACAGCUGAUGUCCCCUAUUAAUCCAUUACCUUCGCAAUUGAGGUACUUACAGUAUGUAUCAAGGAGGAACAUGGGAACACAAUGGCCUCCGCUGGAUAGAGCACUUACAUUGGAUUGCAUUAUUCUUAGAGUCAUUCCCUGUAUGGAUACAGAGGGGGGUUGCCGGCCAAUAUUUAGGAUAUAUGGACAAGACCCUUUUAUGGUUGUUGAUAGGACUCCGAAAGUUCUGUUCUCAACAUCAAAAAGGAGCAGAUUUGUCCAGCAUUACAAGCAGGCAGAUUGUGAAUUGGUUAAAAUCGACAUUAAUUGUCAUAUCCAAGGUGAUGUUGUCAUGGAGUGUAUUAACUUGGACAGUGAUCACAAGAGGGAACGGAUGAUGUUUCGGGCCAUGUUUAAUACUUCCUUUAUAAGUUCAAAUAUCUUGAUGCUUAAUCGUGAUGAAAUUGACACCUUAUGGGAUGCAAAGGAUCAAUUUCCCAAGGACUUCAGAGCAGAGGUUCUUUUCUCUGAGAUGGAUUCUAGUACUCCUAUUGGUGCAAUUGAUUUGCCUGGUUUAGAAGAGAAAGAUUGUAUACCUGUGGAAGUGUUUCCCAGAGUUCACGAGAUUUUCAGCAAUAUGGACUGGUCAGAUACAAAAACUGAUGUAGCACAAAUUAUGCACCAUCAUAUCAUAGAACCCCAAGAAAAUUUUGACAGCUCUCCACGGAGGGCAGAAGGAGGAAGUGUAUUGAUGGAAUCAACCUUUGUCAGAGUUCAAGAGAAACCGAAACUAAAUGAAUCAGAAAACAAGACUCCAAGUCCCACUUCCAUUACCCUGGUGAAACAAUCUGCUGUCUCUUUCAAACCAUUUUCAGAUACAAAUUCAGUAAGAGAGGAGGCUGAACCCCAAGAACUAAAGGUUGCCCUCCAAUCUAUGCCCUCUAUUAAAUCAUCUCCUGAUGCAAAUUCAACUAGGGAGAAGGUAGAACCCCAAGAACUGAAGGUUGCUUGCCAAUCUACGCCCUCUAUUAAGCCAACUUCAGAUGCAAUUUCAACUCAAAAGAAGGUUGAGCCACAAGAGCUCCAGGUUGCUCUCCAAUGGCCAGCUCAAUCUAAGAUCAUAUCACAGCGAGUACCCCAGAAAUCACUCUGUUCUCCAGUUUCCUAUGGCAAUAACUUACAGGGCUUACCUGUGCCUAUGUCAAGAUACCACAGUGCAUCCUCUGCCCUUGGAAUUACAGCUUUGUUGCAUGAUCAUGCUGUAUCUAAAGGUGAAGAAGUUGUGCGUCCACUGACAUUAUCUCUGCCUUCCUCAGCUAUUUCAUCUCCAGUCACAGGUGUGCUUAAACCUCCACCACUCAAUAAUGUGUCUGCUCCAAGGACACCACCUCUUCCUACACCAUUGCAAUCAUCAUUUGAAGCUCCGAAAACAACAGAAAAGCCUUCUCCAACAUAUCAUAUUCCAGCUAUUCCUCAACCUAUUUCAAUUUCUUCUUCCGUCACAGAUCCACCCAAACCUGCACAACUCAAUCAUGUGGCUGCUCCGGGGACACCACCAUGCCCUCUUAACCCAUUGCAAUCAUCAAUUGAAGCUCCCAAAAAUGCAAAUUUUUUUUCCGGUGCUUGUCAUAUUCCUCCUCAAUCCAGAGGAACAGAUUCUCUACUUAAUCAACAUCCUCAACCAACACCAGGCAGUAUCCACUCACCAUCGUUUCCUUCUCUUCUCUCUUCUCUUCCUGCUUCUUCUCCUCCUGUUAUCAAGAGUUCAUCUUCAGCUCCCCCAGCUCCUCCUCCACCCCCAUCUUUUUCAAAGGCAUCCCCAUCUCCUUCCUCCAAGAAAUCAUUCCCCACUCCCCCUCCCCCUCCCCCUCCUCUGCCUCCUUUUACAGCAGCACCUCCUGGAAUGGCUUCAAAGGUUGCCAGCUCAGUUACUGCACAGUCUGGGAAGAACUUGGCUGUUGUGCCUGGACCACCACCGCCGCCGCCUCCUCCUCCUCCUCUACAUCCUGGAUCUUCCCUGGGCCCCGCAAAUGCUCCUUCAGUGCCGCCGCCACCACCACCCCCUCCUGGUUCUGUUGCAAAAGCUUCUUCAUUUAAUAAUGCCGCACAAAUUCCUCCUGUGCCACCUCCUGAUCCUUUGACUGAAGGGUUGUCAAGAACUAGCAGUGUCUCCUCACCUCCUCUACAUUCUGGAUCUGCCCUGGGCCCUGCUAAUGCUCCUUCAGUGCCGCCACCACCCCCUCCUACUAGUUCUGUUGCUAAAACUUCUUCAUUUAAUAAUGCCGCGCAUAUUCCUCCUGUGCCGCCACCUCCUGCCCCUUUGACUAAAGGGUUGUCAAGAACUAGCAGUGUCUCCUCACCAUCUCAUGCUGGAGUUAGUAAUGGAAAUAUGCCUUCAGUUCCUGGACCGCCCUCUGGUGCUUCAUUUAGUGCAAAGGGGCAAGGCAUGUUACGUAUAAAUGCAAAAAAUCAACCCAGAAAAGCCAACCUGAAGCCUUAUCAUUGGUUAAAAUUAACUAGGGCCAUGUCAGGAAGUUUGUGGGCUGAGGCACAAAAAGCUGAUGAAGCUUCCAAGGCUCCUGAGUUUGACAUGUCAGAACUUGAGACUCUUUUCUCAGCAGCUACUCCAAAUUAUGAUUGUGGGAGCACAGCAGGGAAAUCAAAUCGACGCACCUUGGGACAUAAAUCUGAUAAAAUCCAGCUGAUUGAACUUAGACGGGCAUAUAAUUGUGAGAUCAUGCUUUCAAAGGUUAAAAUUCCUCUGCCAGACUUGAUGAGUUCAGUUCUUGCUUUGGAUGAUACAGCAUUGGAUAUUGAUCAGGUUGAUAGCCUUAUUAAGUUUUGUCCAACAAAAGAGGAGAUGGAAUUACUCAAGGGUUAUAAUGGAGAUAAAGAGAACUUGGGAAAAUGUGAACAGUUUUUCUUGGAAAUGAUGAAAGUGCCACGUGCAGAGUCAAAGCUAAGAGUGUUUUCAUUUAAGAUACAAUUCCAAUCCCAGGUUUCUGAUCUCAGAGGCAAUUUGAAUGUUAUAAAUUCAGCUUCUGAAGAGAUCAGGAGCUCAGCAAAGUUGAAAAGGAUCAUGCAGACUAUUCUUUGCCUUGGUAAUGCUCUCAACCAUGGUACUGCAAGGGGUUCUGCUGUUGGAUUUCGAUUGGAUAGUCUCCUCAAACUCACUGAUACACGAGCCCGAAACAACAAGAUGACUCUCAUGCAUUAUCUUUGUAAGGUACUGGCUGAAAAGCUUCCAGAACUGCUAGAUUUUUCGAAGGAUCUUGUGAAUUUGGAGGCUGCAACAAAAAUACAAUUGAAAUAUUUGGCAGAGGAAAUGCAAGCUGUUAGUAAAGGACUUGAAAAAGUUAUGCAGGAAUUGACUGCUUCAGAGAAUGAUGGUUCGGUCUCAGAAAUUUUUUGCAAGAAUCUUAAGGUUUUUCUUGCUUUUGCUGAAAGUGAAGUGAGGUCUUUGGCUUCCCUUUAUUCCUCUGUGGGUAGAAAUGCAGAUGCACUGGCCUUUUAUUUUGGAGAAGAUCCGGCACGUUGCCCAUUUGAGCAAGUUGUGUCCACUCUGCUCAAUUUUGUGAGGAUGUUCGUCCUAGCACAUGAUGAAAACAAAAAACAACUUGAAUUGGAAAAGAAAAAAGCAGAAAAGGAUGCUCAAAAUGAGAAGUCCAUGAUGGCUUCUCCGAGAAAGCUGUCUGAAAACUUGGUACAGACACCUAUCAAAAGUGGGAUCUUCAAAUGAUCAAGUGCCGUGUACUAUUCUGCCAAUCCAAUCAGGACCUGUUCUCUUACAGACAACACCAUUGCCCACCAUUGUUGAAGGCCCGUUACAAGCAAAGCUGAGGCACUCACUAAAAGGGCAAAAUUAUAAUUCAAAUCCAGAGAAGUGUUCGACAUUGCAGCAAGAACUAAGCACUUAAAUGCAGGUGUACAUGGCAGGGACAGAUAGUAAACCUUUCUUACAUGUCUUGUGUGCUUGGGGGUUCUUCACUUCAUUGCUGUUUCAAUGUUAUCCUUAUACUUCAUCUGCACCAUUGUUUACAAAGUUGCUUUGCUUUUGGAGCACAGAUGUUCGCAAUCUUUGAAGACAGUGCAAGACACUAGAGUCUUGUUGUCAAGAUCGGUUAUAGUUCGGUUUUCCAAUAAUUCAUAUCGGUAGCUAGAUGGUAGGAGUGUUGUUUGUUAUGUACAUUUUGAUUUAUAGUGAUGUAAAUGUCUAUAUGUAGUCAUUGUUGAACACCACGAUUCAUCAAGAGCCUCAUUUCUCAAAGAAAUGAAGAAGACAAUGUAGUUUCCAAUUGGAUGGGAUAAAUGUCUA